AUGGCGCUGUCCUGGGGAGGGCGGGACGCUCUGCCCGCGCUUCCGCCGCUCUAUGGCCGCGGCCGCGGGCUCUCCGGAUGCCGGGGCGGCCGCUCGGCGCAGGCGCGGCGGGGCCGCCAUGGCGGGCACCGGGGAGCCGCGGCCGCCGCCGCCGCCGCCGCGCGAGGGCUGGCGCGAGCGGGAACGGGGGCGCGCGCCGCGGAGCAGAGGCGGCCACUGGGUCCCGAAAAGACACUGGGGCUGCUGGAGGGCUCCGUGGUGCACCAGGAAGGAGCCCUGCUGGCACUGAACAAGCCCCCAGGCCUGCCUGUGCUGGGACAGCCUGGGGAGCUGAGCCUGGAUGCACUGCUACCAGCGCUGAGACGACGGCUGGGCCUCCCUGCUGAGUUCCACGUGGUGAAGGCUCCUGCCAGGCAGUGCUCUGGCCUCGUCCUCCUGUCCAGCUGUUACCAUACCACUAAGAAGCUCCAGCAGUUCUUCACCAAAGCCCGCCAGAGAGGCCAAUACCUUGCCACGUACUGCGCUGUCACCGUGGGAGUCCCAGCAGAGGCGGAGGGCGAGAUCCGCACUGGGCUGUGCUGGCAGCAGCAGGGUGACACUGCCAUGGUGGUGCCAGUGCCAGCCCCGGGACGCCACAGCCUGGCCAGGAAGGAGGUGAAGAGCACCCUGACACGCUACCGGGUGCUUGGUGCCAGGGGAGGCUGUGCCCUCCUCCAGCUCCAGCCCAAGACAGCCUUCCCGGAACAGCUCCAGGUACACCUGACGCUGCUGCUGUGCCCGGCCCUGGGUGACCACGAGCACUCCUCCCGCGUGGGCAGUGUCCUGGGGGUGCCCUUCCUGCUGACCCCCGAGGCCGCCCCAACCCGCACACAGGUGCUGGAUGAAGAGUUGCUGUCCCGGCUGGGACUUUCGCCGCAGCAGCUCCAUCACCUCCCACUCCACAUCCACCUUCAGGAGCUUGUGCUGCCUGAGGGCCCCCUUUGUGCACCCCCACCACCCCACUUCCUGCGGACUCUGCGCUGCCUGGGGCUGCCCGAGUGCCCCAGUGCUGCAAGAGGAUCCCCACCCCACAGCUCUCUGUCAGCCCAUUAAAAUCCCCACCUGCAGCUA